GGAGAGAGGCGGGAGACUAGCGCUACUCGCGUGCGUCCUGGCGAUGCACUUGAUGCCGCUGGCUGUGCACGGUAAUGAAGUUCUACCCAACGGCACCGAGCCGGAGAUUUCAACCAACAUCACGUCCCUUCUGCCCGAGGAGGCGGAGCCAGAGAAGGCUGUGGAGUCUAUUGUCACGGUAACCGGAGUGAGCGCCUCAGCCGGUCCCAGCACCGUGAGCACUGCCAGCCCUCGAGGAGGCCGCCUGCCCCGUGCGGGUGAGCAGGACGGGCACACAGACCAGGGCAGUGGUAUGUUCUCUGAGCCAGUGGUCCCUGCUGCAGAGACGGCAGCUCCCUCUCAGAUCAGCCCCGAUUCAGCUGAGACAGAGCACCUGCUGCCUAGCAACGCACAGGGACAGGAAGUGACGGAGGGGGAGGAGCCAGAGGAGGAGGACGAGGAGGAGCUUCACACUGCCCCGCCCUGGAUCCACAACAAGGACACAGCCGUUUUCAGUCUGGACCUCCACACGACCACCACACCUCCUCCCUCCACCAACCCUCCCAGCCAGGACGAAGUGCACGUAGACUUCUUUGACCCUUCCUCCCGUGGGCGUGGCCUAGACCUAGCCCCGCCCUCUCCCUCCUCUCAGGCUCAUGAGCUGCAGGGCGGCGACCCCACGUCCUGGGCCAUGCCGGAUAACUACGAUUACCUGACACCCUACGAUGAUGGCGUGUCUCCUACUGCCGAAGACUACUACAUGACCACCACUGACGCCUAUGAGAGCGACGUGGACCUCCGGCUGUCCCGCACCAGGUCCCGCCUCCCCGGGCCCAGCUCCUUCCUGCCCGGAGUUGGCCGGGCUGGCGUGGGUGGCCCUGUGGCGGCACCCCCCGCUGCCCAGCCUGUGGACGGCUCUGACGGGCGGGGCGGGUGCAGAGUGGGCUACCAGAAAGUGAACGGGAGCUGCCGCUCACCCUGUGACCUGCAGCAGAACUACUGCCUGAACGGGGGACAGUGCUACCUGCUGGAGGGGAUGGGCGUCUUCUGCAGGUGUAACAUCCAGGACUACAUGUGGAACAAAGGAGCGCGCUGUGAGUCUGUGGUCACUGAGUUCCAGGUGCUGUGUUUGGCUGUGGGGGCCUCCGCUGUGGUGCUGCUGCUGCUCUUCAUGAUCAUCGUGUGCUUCGCCAAAAGACUGCACCUGCUCAAGACCGAGAACAACAAGCUCCGGAGACGCAGUUCUAAGUACAGGCCUUCAUCGGAGCAGCACAAUGACAAUUUCUCCCUGUCCACCAUCGCUGAGGGCUCCCACCCAAAUGUAAGGAAACUGUGCGACACCCCUCCUAACGUCCCCCAUGCCCGUGCAUUGGCUUACUAUGAUAACAUUAUCUGUCAGAAAACCAUGAGCAGAUACACCUGGGAGUGUAAGACCAAAGAGGAGUCCGACUGCGAGGAUGAUCCUCACUCCCAGAACAAGCUGGAGGACCCGGUGAAGGCCCCGCCCAAAGAGGACGAAUCCCUGAACAUCCACAACUCCCUGACCCCCAAACCCGACCACCACAAAGUCCUGGGCGAGGAGAACUCCGAGGUAAACUCAAUGCAGAACAACAUGAUGUGAACACAGACACACUGACAACAGCAGGGGGCGCCCUCCCAGCUCUGUCUGACCUCUGCGCGCCUGACCGGUCAACCAACCAACCAGCCUGCCAACUACCAGCCCGACAACCCAGUCUGCUACCGUCUAUACGGCUACACUGCCACCAAGCAGUCCCAGCUGCUGCAAAAAAGUCACCCCACCUCCGCUGCCACCAUGGAUGUAUUAUGAGAACUGAAAACGGAACUGAAAUUUGAUUGAUUUGGUAUUGCAAU